AUGACGUUGGAACAGCGCAAGUUCAGUGCCGUCCCCGACAGGCUUCGCCCUGUCAGCAAUGUUCCACUCUCCGACGCAGACCGACGACCGAUGACCUCGAAGCAAGCGAAGAAGCUGCAUCUCGAGAGAAAUCGCGGGCCUCGCUUGACGAAACAACAACAGCGAGAACGCGACCGGGAACUCCAGGCUGAGAUCCGAAGAGAGAUCGCGGAAAAGGAAAAGGCGGAGAGGCAGGAGAAAGACCGGGUUCGGCAGCAGGCAAAGGCCAAAGUACUUCGCGAUAAGAAGAAGGCGAAAGAGGAUGCUGAGAAAGACGCAAAGCGCAAGGCCGGGCUGCCGCUUGCAACAUGUCGUCCCAGUCAGGAUACGAUUGCUCGGUUCUUCAAGUCGAAUCGUGUCGAGAAGAAGACGAGUAUUUCAGGACUAGAAAAGCGGGAACAUGAGGAGCCUGUGAUACCAAGAUGGCAAGCAGAAGAAGCAAGGCCAGACCCGAGCCAGAGUCACGGAGAACAGCAGCACGUCGAGUCGCUAGCAGCUCCUACAAAAGUUGCGAAGCCUCAAGAACCUACAGAACCCAAGCCCUCCGCAGUUCCUUCGACUAAACUGGUUCGCUUGCUUGCCAUUAGUGAGCAGGAAGAGCUCACGGAAAAGGACAACGACGCAGACGAAGAACCAAGCGCGGCGCCAUUGUACACGGAACCCCAGGAAGAAGCACAGCUUGAGGUGCCUAGAAGCCCUCCGAAGAAGCGCGUCAGACUAGAUGAAGGGGUUGGCGACCAAGUAUGUUCACCACCGCUGAUCAUACAGCGAACACCGAGCCCCAGCCGCCCUUCUUCUCCCACAAUUUCACCGGCAAGAAAGGAGGCUUCGCAGCAUGAUGGGCAGGCUGACGUAUUCACCAAUACCCCUGCACUUGAUUGCAGAGCUGUUGGAAGGACCAGGUUGUUUUCGAAAGUCCACGACUUCGGCGCCGAGCCUGCCCUACGAGGCGAGGCUGUCCACCGAGCAGGCUCAGGUGGCGCCAGAAAGAAACAGGGCCCCAAGCAGAAUCGUCUCACUCUGGUCCAGGCAGAUGCGGGCGAUGCCAUGCCUUUCUUCUGGGGGCAGGACUUCAACCUCUCGCAUCAGGACAUGCAGGAGAUCGAAGCACCGCCCGUUAUGGCUGCGAAGACGGCACGCCGGGACGCACCAGAGCGCAUGGCGUGUCAAGCAGAACAAGCUGCGCCGUUGAUUCCGAUGACCUGGAAACGCAGACGACCAGUCAUGCAGAGUUUCGCAGCUGGCAGGACUCGCCAGUCGAAAGUUACGACGCAGAAACCUCAGCCUGGUCCUAACCAACGCGCCAACGCCCGCGCACCACAUAACGCGCUGGAGAUUCGCCAAACCGAGCCUCCAGCCAUGGUCAACCCAUCAGAAACCCCCGCAGCAACAGGCAAGCGCGCGCCGUUGCGACGGGUCAGCAACCCUCCGGAAGCCGCGCAACCGCCGCAACACGCCGUGUCGUCGCAGGACCUGGCGGCCAUGCUCGAAGCAGACUGGGACGAUGAUUGCCUGCAGGCUCAGCACCGGCCGCAGGAGCAGGAGGCAGAGCCGCACAAGCCGCGCCCCGAACUCGACGAGCCCCAGGAUCUUUGGGAUGCAAUCUCAUCCCAAGACCUGCGGGCCGUCUUUGCGGAUGAAGACUGGGGCAACUUGGCUGUGUGA